UUUAAAUUUAUGAAUUUCAAUACUCUUUUAUUGGAAAAAGAUAAUGAUCUUCGUAUUUUGGCAUUGAAAGAAAUGUUAAAUUAAGUAGAUCAACAAUGGUCAGAGAUAUCUGAAUUACUUAGUUAGAUGUAAAUAAUAAAUUUUAGAUAUUUUAUAGUGAAACCUUGAGUGAAGAUCCAAAAUUUCCAGAAAGACAAUUAGCUGCUUAUUUGUGUGCAAAGAUUCAAUACCAUCUUGAUAACUUUGAUGAAUCUCUUAAUUAUGCAUUAUAGAGUGGAAAUUAUUGGUAAUCAGAUUUGAAUGAUAAAUUUAAUCAAUGUUUAAUUAAACAUUGUAUUGAGUAAUAUCGUUAAUCAGGAAAGGCAUCUGAAGAAAGAAUAAGAUUAAUAAAAAGCAUUUUGGAAUUAUCAUGUUAAUAAAACAAUCAUAUAUCAGCCAUAGGAGUGGCAGUAGAAUGCAAAAGGAUUGAUUGGGUAAUUGAGAUUUUAAAUAAAUGGAAUUAUCCAGGAAAAAUGAUGUCAGUUUUACAUCUAUUUAAUACCUAAAGAGGAGAAUUUAAGGAAUAAUUAUUAAGAUUAUCAGUGGAUUUAAUUUAUGAAGAAGCAAAACAUGGUCAAAUUCCGAACGAAGAAUGGGGAUAAUUUGUAACAGUCUUAAUUUAAUUGGGAGAGGCAAUUAAAGUAGCUGAAAUACUUUGGACUUUAGUAACAAAUGAAAAUCAUUAUAAAUUACAAUCUGGUACUCCAUUAUUAUUAGCUGAAUAAUUAUGUAUAGAUUUAGCAUAAAAUUAAAAACCUUAAUUUAUUCAAAAGAUUAUUGCUGCAUUGCCAAUUGAUCAAUAAUUUUAAGAAGUUAGAGAUAAAUUAAUAAAAUUAUUAUCAGGAGAAUAAUAAAGAAAAGCAUAUUUGUACUUUUUAAAGAAUCAUAGAUAAGUUGAUAUUGAAGUAUUAAAUAAAAUAAAAGGUGCAAAUGAUCCAAAACAAUCAAGUGUUUUGCAUGGUGCAUGUAUGUUUGGACAUGGAUUAGCAACAGCAGGAACAUAAGAUACUUAGUUUUUGUAAGCAAAUUAAUAAUGGGCAACUAAAUGUAAUUAUUGGUAAAGAUUUACUGCUACAUCUACUUUGGGAAUGAUUCAUAAAUAUAAUAUAGAAGAAUCUUAAUAAAUAAUGGCAACUCAUUUAGCAUAAACAAAUCCAUUUGAAAUAGGAGGAGCACUCUAUGGAUUAGGACUUAUUCACUUUGGAACUUAAGAUCAAUAACUUUUACUUAAAUUUUCAGAUCAAAUGAAAUCUUAAAAAGAAUAGAUUAUUCAUGGAGCUUGUUUAGGUUCAGGAUUAGUAGCAUUUGCUUCUGAAGAUGAAAAACUGAAUCAAGAUUAUCAUAAUUUAGUUUCUAAAAAUGAAUCAAUUUAUGGAGAAGGUGCAAGUAUUGGUUAUGGUUUAUUAAAUGCUGGUUCUGGAUCAAUUGAAUAAUGUAAACAUCUAUUAGUAUUGGCCAAUCAAUCAGACAAAGACAAGAUUGUUAGAACCUUAUCUUUAUCGAUUGCUUGUAUUCUUUUCCAUUAAGAAGAUAAGGCUGAUGUUAUUAUUGAUUAAAUGUUAUAAUCUAAUGAUCCAUUAAUUAGAUAUGGUGGUUGUUUCACUUUAGCAUUUGCUUAUGUAGGAACGGGAAGCAAUAAGAUUAUUUAAAAAUUAUUAUCAAUAUCAGUAAAUGAUGUUUCUGAAGAUGUUAGAAGAGCAGCAGUUAUUUCAUUUGGUUUUCUAAUGUUUAAGAAUUAUGAAGCAUUACCUAAAAUUAUGAGAUUAUUGACUUUAUCUUAUAAUCCACACAUUAGAUAUGGUACUGCUAUUGCCUUGGGUAUAGCUUGUGCUGGAACUCUUUAUCCAGAUGCUAUAUCAGCUAUAGAACCUAUGUUAACAGAUACUGUUGAUUUUGUUAGACAAGGAGCUUUGAUAGCUUUAGGAAUGAUACUCUCUUAAGGAAAUAAAGAUUAGGAAUCUAAAUUUGAAACUAUCAUGAAAUCUAUUAAUGAAAUUGCUGCUAAAAAACAUGAAACUGUUCUUACCAAAUUAGGUUUAGCAAUCUUUUAAGGCUUACUUGAUUGUGGAGGUAGAAAUUUGACUGUUUCUUUGUAAAGCAGAUAGGGAGUACCAAAACUUAAUGCUUGUGUUGGUAUGUUAUGGUUCUUAAAUUAUUGGUAUUGGUACCCUUGUUUAACUAUGAUAUCUAUUGCUUUAUAACCAGUUGCUUUUAUUGGUUUAAAUGAAAAGUAUUCUAUAAUUUAUAAUAUUUUUAGUUUGGAUAUUCCUAAAGACUUUUAAUUAUAAUGUAAUACUAAACAAUCAGUCUAUGAUUAUCCUCCUCCUUAAAAAAAAUCAGAAAAACCUAUUGCUGAAAAAAAGACUGUCUAAUUAAGCACUACUCAAAAAGUGAGAGCAAGAACAAAUAAAAGGGAUUUAGAAAAAAAAUAACUUGACUCUGCAUCUUAAGGUGUAAUUUCUAGAGAGCAAUCAAAAAUGAGUUUAGAACAAUAACCAAGUGAAAUUGUUAAAUAACCGAGUCUUAUUGAAGAACAAGAAAAGAAAUAGGCUGCACCUAAAGAUGAACCGAAUUAAUACAUUUUAAUAAACCCAUGUAGAAUUUUAGAUAAAUAAAAGAAACAUAUAUAAUUGUUAGAAGGAAGUAGAUAUUAACCACUUCUAAAAGUAUUAUUAUUAUUAUAUUAAUUAUAGGAUCGUAAAUAAGGUUUAGUUAUGUUAAUUGAUAGUGAACCUUCAUAACCUGCUGAUGUGAUUUCUCUCACUGUUAAACCAAAAUAACCAAUUAUUGAAUAAGUAGUAAAUUAAUAACCUGCUCCACCUAAUUAAGUGCCAGAAGAAUUUGUAUUUGAUGAAGCUCUUUAGAAUGAAGAACAAAAGCCAUGAGAAGA